CAGUAAGAUUUAGCAUUCAAUAAUUUAUUGUAAACCAAUUACAAUUUCUGAGUAACAAUAUUAUGGCAACUGAGGAGGAACAGCUUAGCCAGGUAAUAUUGCCGGUAAAGGAGCCCCUCGACCUAAUUCGCCUGAGCUUGGACGAAAAGGUGUACGUAAAAAUGCGAAAUGAGCGGGAAUUGAGGGGCCGAUUACACGCCUUCGAUCAGCAUUUAAAUAUGGUCCUGGGCGAUGCCGAAGAAACACAAACCACCGUCGAAAUUGAUGAGGAAACUUACGAGGAGGUGUACAAGACGACAAAGCGCACAAUACCCAUGCUCUUUGUGCGAGGAGAUGGCGUUAUACUGGUUUCGCCACCCAUGAGGGUGGGCUAAAAGAGACCGGUCAGAAAGUGCUCAACUUCAGCUUUUGUAAAUUAAACAACUUGCAUGAGAAUUUUUAUAAAUAAAGUGCGAUAAAUUUAUGAGUC